AUGCAAUCGUCCAUCAUUUCCAGGACGAGAUUCUGUCUACGUCUCCCAAUCUCUUGCACAAAGCCUACCGGACGAGUAUCCAGUGUCUCCACGCCGGGAUUUGCUCGAAAUCAACACACCGGAAAACCUGUUGCAGACCAUACAUUGCCAACCCGUGAGAUCCCACUUCCGGGAGCUGUGACGGAGGGCCAAGCCCGGAAAUCGACCACCAAGACGCAAGCGGCGCUGCUGUUUGCUGAUUUCGCCUCUGACACAACUCCAGCACCGCACACGCCGCAGUCUCCAAGGCCGAGACCUCUGUCAGUUGUUGACGGCGACUUGAUAAGAAAGACGCCUUCAAACGUAGAGGCGGAGUUCGAUCCCGAAGCCGAAUCUGAGGCCGACUUUGAUGGUCGUUCGCUUAUAAGACGACACGUCGUGCGCAGCAAGGCCGAUCCAUUUAUCCGGAAGACGUCUGGUCCAAGGAAGGAGAUUGGCGUGUUAUUUCGAGAGGGGUCUUUAAAAACGAGGGGAUCCAAGAACGGCCUGGACAGCAUGUCAGUGAACAGCAAGCGGAUUGCAAACCCGGUGUUGUUCAUCUGCGAUGUGCAGGAAAAGUUCCGGGGCGCGAUCUGGGAGUUUGACAAGGUGAUCAAGACGAGUCAGAAGAUGGUCAAAGCAGCCAAAAUCCUCAACUUCCCCAUCUUCGUGACGACACAGAACGCUGCCCGUCUGGGGGACACGGUCGAAGAGGUCGCUUCGCUGCUGCCUGAAGGGUCGGCUUCUGCGAUCGACAAAACCGCAUUCAGCAUGCUGGUCCCGGACCUCCAGACUCAGCUGGAGAAGCUGGCCGCUGGCAAUGAAAAGCUGUCGGUGUUCCUUGUGGGCAUCGAGACGCACAUCUGCGUCACUCAGACGACGCUGGACCUCCUUUCUGGCGGCCACAAGGUCUAUGUCCUGGCGGACGGGGUAUCGAGCUGCAAUGCGGCCGAGAGACCCGUGGCGUUGAAUCGGCUGGCGAGAGAAGGUGCGAUCGUCACAACGAGCGAGAGCCUGCUGUUCGAGCUGGUUGGAGAUGCGAAAGACGGGAAUUUCAGAGCCGUCAGCGGCCUGGUGAAGGAAACGAAGGAGGACACCAAAGUCGCGGUCGAGACUUUUUGUCGGCUGUGA